AUGAAUGAAAAUAAUUCUUAUCCAGUAUUAUCUCAACAAGAGAUAAAUGAAAAUGUUGAAGAAGAAGAAGAUGAUGAUGAUAUAAUGACAUCACAAGAACUUUUUCAACGUUUACAACAAGCAUGGUUAAAUGAAAAAUAUUCACCUGUAUUACUUAAACAUGAAAAUUUACUUGUUCUAGCAACAUUUGAAUUACUUGAUGAUAUUGAAAAACGUUUAAAAACAAGUGAACAUAAAACAACAUCAUUUCGUUGGUUAAUGCAUAGAACAGAAUAUAAUCGUGUUUAUUUUAUAUUAUGUUCAUAUAUUCGAACACGUUGUUUUAAAAUUGAAGAAUAUCCAUCAGAAGCAUUAAAUUCAGAAGAACUUUUAUCACCUGAAGAAUGUGUUUAUGCACAUACAUAUUUAAAUAAUAUGAAACAACAUUUAAAAAAAAGUGUUCUAUCAGAAUUAAAAUCUGAACAACAGCAACAACAACAACAACAACAAAAUGAUGAUAAUACAUUAAUACCACUUUUACCUAAACCAAAUUCAAGUGAAUUUGUAUUUUUUCAAGCUGAUAAAUCAGUUAAUGGAUUAAUUUUAUCAAAUGAAUUAAAUAAUAAUGGUGCUUCAAAUGAUAUUAUUGAUAUAAAAAAUGAUGAUCAAUAUAUUAUGCAAUUUAAACAUAUACAUAAACUUUUAUUAGAAAAACAAAUUCAUCUUGUCUAG